UUUGGAAGAUUUCCUGAUUUGAUUUUGUAAAAAUUUAAUAGAAAAUAAAGUAAUAAGAGAUCAUAAAAUAAAUAGUUUAUUUUGUUUUUAAACUAUUGUGAAUGUUACAUUGGUGUCGUUGUCUCAGAGUAAAACAAACUUAUGUCGUGUGUUACUUUUGUAUGUGCACGGAGUUGAAGAUUUUCACGAAUGGAUACAUAGAUUUGUGCUAGUACCGAAAUUUAGAAAAUUUCGCUUAAAGCCCAUCUAAAUAGCAAAAAAUCAAUGGAAUCUCAAUGAGAAGAUGGGCUAUUUUAUUAAAUGCACAAAGGGCGAAAUGUAAAAUAGUCCAAUAGUGUUGAAAAUACAUGAAAGCCGAGAAAUUGUUGAAGAGGCAGGCAGCGCAGCAACUGCAAGCAAACCUUGCGCAACAUACAUUCGCACACACACUCUCUCAUCCUGUAAAUAAUUUAAGGAGAAUCUUCUAAAAGAAAAACGUCGUUUAUAAAUCUGUGACAAUUCGGAGCGCAUCAUAUGUUCAUUGUCUAUUAACAAAUUGCUGCCCCUACCUGCGGCGAUAUGCAACAUCACCAUCCCAGAACCUUGGAGGCUUCGGCGGCUGCCCAUACAUCGGGGGGUGCUUCUUAUGAUGGUAAAAUUGCUGGCCUUUAUGACCUGGAGGAGACUUUGGGAUCUGGACACUUUGCUGUAGUGAAAUUGGCCCGUCAUGUUUUUACGGGGGCAAAGGUGGCAGUUAAAGUAGUGGACAAAACAAAAUUGGAUGAAGUCUCCAAGGCCCAUUUAUUUCAGGAAGUGAGAUGCAUGAAAUUAGUACAGCAUCCAAAUGUGGUACGCUUGUACGAGGUCAUUGAUACCCAAACUAAGUUAUAUUUAGUUUUGGAACUUGGUGAUGGCGGUGAUCUCUAUGACUACAUAAUGAAACAUGAUGGCGGCCUCAGCGAGAAUUUGGCACGCAAAUAUUUUCGUCAAAUUCUACGAGCCAUCACCUAUUGUCAUCAGCUGCAUGUUGUCCAUAGGGAUCUAAAGCCAGAAAAUGUGGUGUUCUUUGAAAAGCUUGGUGUUGUCAAGCUAACCGACUUUGGCUUCAGCAAUAAGUUUUCACCCGGGCAAAAAUUGGAAACAUUUUGUGGCAGUUUAGCUUAUUCAGCGCCAGAAAUACUACUUGGUGAUUCAUACGAUGCACCAGCUGUGGAUAUUUGGUCACUUGGGGUUAUUCUCUAUAUGUUGGUUUGUGGUCAACCACCUUUUGAGAAGGCCAACGAUUCGGAAACUCUGACCAUGAUUAUGGAUUGCAAAUACAGUGUGCCGCCACAGAUCUCACCAACAUGUAGAAAAUUAAUAGCCUCAAUGCUGGUGCGUGAUCCUAAGAAACGCGCGACUCUCGAGCAAAUAUCAGCUGAUACAUGGGUCAAUGAGAUGAGUGCAGCCAAUGAUAAUAUGGAUUCGUUGCCUUUGAUAAGUCGCGAACAGCUUAGCGAUGAGGAUCAUGCAUUCAUCAUACAAAAAAUGAUCAAUGGAAAUAUAGCAUCAAAGGAAGAUAUUUUACAGGCAUUAGACAAGGAUAAAUACAAUCAUAUAACAGCAACAUAUUUUCUAUUAGCUGAGAUGCGUUUACGGAAACGUAGGGAAGAACAACAUUUAAAACAUAAUCCAAAUUUGGCAUUGCAACAAGGCAAGAGAAACCUUGGUAUUGCCAUAGGACGUACCCCAGUGGCGGCGGAUAAAAAGACCAAACCCUUUGAGGGCGGAAGUGAUGCUAAUGCUAAACCAAUGGUGGUGCCUAUUAACAUUGUAUGUGCCCCUGAGCCUGCACAAAAUCUCAAUGAAGCUAAAACUGACAAACGUACUCGAAAAUGCAGCAUUGUGCGCGAGGAAGACGAAGAGGAAUCUUCACAUGAAUCUGAAGGGAAUGAAUUGAAAGUUGCUAUCACUAGACGUGAGUCAAUAUCUGAUGGCCGUCUGAAUCGUUCUGUUCAAGAGAAAUGUUCUAAUAUUGUCUCCUCCACAGCCUCUAAGAAGGGCAGUGUUAGCGGCAGUGGAGGAGAUGCUGUUGAUAAUGUGGUCAUGGAUACACCAACCAAAAUGGUUGUAUCGGUCGAUGCUGCGCUGGCGCAAAAACUCAAACAAAUCGACAAGGAUACAACCAGUAUUGAUAAUGACAAUGUCCUUGCUGUUCGUAAAUUAGAUGCCCCAGGUAAUCAACAUAUUGAAACCAUGGACAAAUCAUCAGAAAUGGAAGACACUUUAAAAGGUUUGAAGGAGCUGGAAAUAGGCAAGUUAAAACACUUGCCAGGCAAUGCUCAUAAGAAUCCAGUGCUGACGCAUAGACGACAUUCAAAGCUGAAUAAGAUAAGGACACCUUCAUGCAGCAGUUCAGAGGCAUCCGACGAUGACACUAAAAGUCGCAACAAAAAGAAAAUCCAUAAGCUGGGAGGUGACACUCCCACUCGGUUUCGCAUGCAUCGUCGAGAUUCACAUGAUGAUUCAAGUGAUUCUCAAGAUCAAGGCUUUCCCACAACGGGCACCCAUGGUGGAACGCACGAUUUAAUAACAUCUGGUAAUGUUAGCAAUAAAAGGGAGGGCCAAACGCAUCAGCAUAACAAAUCUGAAUCUGAUACACGCAAUAAAUCUCAUACCCAUGGUCAUCAUUCUUCUCAACAUAAACAUAAACACAACAACAACAAGCACCCAAAGGAAUGUGCCGAAAAAGUCCAUAACUCACUGGCUGAGUCGAAACAAUCGGCAACAUCUCUCAAUCAUCAAAUACGGAUACGAAGACGAAUACGCGAAAGUCAAUCAUUAGAUCGUAUAACUGAGGCUCAAGAAUACGAGAUGCGUCAUCAAUAUAGUUAUCAUCAUCAUCGGCUAUCGUAUUCAGAGACGGCGGAACGCAAUAACAGCGAUCAAAGAAACUCUCUAUUUAAUUUACAUACCUUUCCCGAGGCCAAGGAAGAUGAUGAUGACGAUGAAUGUGAUGAGGCUUCAUCGUCUGCUGUCAAUGCCAUGGACACCGAUGGCGAAAACAACUCCGAUUUUGCCAAUCAAGCUGAGCAACUGAGAAAUUCAUUGAAUACCUUGAAACUUAUCGGUAGCGGCUGUGGCAGUGGCGGCAGUGGCAGUGGUGGUGGUAUUGAUUACAACCAUUCGAAUAGUAGUAGCUUAAAAUCAUCUCAUACCCAUAGCUCCGCUAGUAGUAGCAUUUAUAAAUUGAAUUCCAUAGAAGAAAUUGAUUUAAUCAUAAAGGAAAAGAGUCUAACAAAAACUUUGCAGGCAACCAGUUCGAAAUGCUUUGUGACCAUAAGAAAGAUACGAAAAUUAGGAAAAUAUUUUCCAGUUGUUAAUUUUUCGUAAUACAACCGCAGCAAUAUAUAGAGCCCCACCAACAACCACAGCAACAAGACGAAGACGAACAAGGAAAACAUAAGAUGCUAAUAUUGCUGCAUGCGAAUAAGAAUAAAAAAGAGAAAGAGGAACAUUUUAAAAAUCUACAACACUCGUAUUAUUCGAAUUAAAGAAUGCAACCACAAAAACAAAAACAAAAACCAACAAGACGCACUAUUUCUAUAUAGUAGUAGUAUACAUAUAUUUAUAAAUAAUAAUGAUAAUACCCAUAGAAAUGAUGAGAUGAUAAUAACAAUUAAGUUGAGUUAUUCCUUUUUUAACUUCUUAUACAAAUUUAAAUCAAAUAGUUGUGGUAAACUUUACAUUCAUAUUACAAAUAUGUCGUCGUGUAUACCGUAACGUGUAAAACUUACAACUCUUAGACAUUUAUUGCCUGUUUAUUAGAAUUUAGUAUGCAAUGCAACAAAGCAAACAAGAAAAAACAAAAUUAUACAUCCAUACAAUACAUAUAUAAAACACACACACACAUACAUAAAACAAAACAAAAACAAGCAACAAACCCCUAUUAUACAUUUCUAUGCAUUAGUUUUAUUUUUUAAUUUAAACAAGAAAAAAAGUAGGAAAAAUAUGAAGCAACAGAAACAAAAAUAAAAAACAUUUAUUUUUAAGUCUAAAUAGUAGUAAUAAUAAUAACAAUAACAAAAACAAAUCAUAACGCAGUUAUUACUCUAAAUAUUAGAGCAUACAAACAAAUAUAGAAGCUAAACUCGUAAUCCAUAACAGAUCACUCCAAUUUACAAUCUCCCGCCAUACCCCGUCUGUCUAUUCCUUUUUUUACCCGCCGUCCCCAUUUUCAGAUCGAAAAACCAAAACCAAGCCUACUUUUUAAACAUACUACAAAUUAUUAAAAUGUUCAAUGCAAUAUGUAUUCUUUUAGCUACAAAUAACAACAACAACAACAACAACUACAGCUACAGCAAAGUAAUAAUAAUAAUAACUUACAUCAUGUAAUAAAUAUUGAAAGAAGCGCAUAUAUGAAAAGAAAAUAAAAAUGGUAAUAAACCGAAUAUAGAUUGAACCUAAUAAAACCGAA